AUGGCCACGCUCAGCUUCGCCGUCCGCCGGCGCGAGCCGGAGCUCGUCAGCCCGGCCGCACCGACGCCUCGCGAGACCAAGCAGCUGUCCGACCUCGACGACCACGAGACGCUGCGUGUCCAGGUGCCGUUCGCCUUCUUCUACCGCGCCGGCGGCCGCGACGCGGCGGCCGUCAUCCGGCGCGCGCUCGGCGAGGCGCUGGUGCCGUACUACCCGCUCGCCGGCCGGGUCCGGGAGCUCGAGGGGAGGAAGCUGGUGGUCGACUGCACCGGCGAGGGGGUGCUGUUCGUGGAGGCCGACGCCGACGUGCGGCUGGUCGGGCUGGAGGAGUGCUCCGCCAGCUCCGGGGGCGGCGGCCUGAGGGCGCCGUUCCCGUCCAUGGAUCAGCUGCUGUUCGACGUCGAGGGCUCCGGCGGCGUGCUCGGCUGCCCGCUGCUGCUCGUGCAGGUGACCCGCCUGCUAUGCGGCGGCUUCGUCCUCGCGCUCCGACUCAACCACACCAUGUGCGACGCCAUUGGUAUCUCGCAGUUCUUGCUCGCCGUCGGCGAGCUCGCGCGAGGGCUACCCGCCCCGACCGUCGCGCCCGCAUGGUGCCGCGAGCUCCUCGAGGCGCGUAGCCCACCGAGUCCGUCGUUUCCUCACCGCGAGUUCGACGCCGUGCCGCCACCGCCGCCGCCCGGGGACCUCGUCACGCGCACCUUCACCUUCACGGCGGACGACGUCGCGGCGAUCAGGAGCGGCCUCCCGCCGCGCCUCCGCGACACGGCCACGGCGUUCGAGGUGCUGACGGGCUUCCUCUGGCGAGCCCGCACGGCGGCGCUCGAGCUCCCGGACGGCGAGGUCGCGCGCCUGGUGGUCCUCGCCAACCUGAGGGGCGUCGCCGAGCUGAGCCUCCCCGCGGGCUACUACGGCAACGCCUGCGUGGCCCCGACGGCGCUCGCCGCCGCCGAGGCGCUGCGGCGGCACGGCUCGCUGGCCGACGCGGUGGAGCUGGUGCGGGAGGCGAAGGCGGUGGUGACGGCGGAGUACGCGCGGUCCACCGCCGACGCGCUGGUCCUGCGCGGGCGGCCGUUGCUGGCGCUGGCGAACGUGUUCGUCGUGUCGGACCACCGGCACGCCGGGUUCCACCGGCUGGACCUGGGGUGGGGCGAGCCGGUGUACGGAGGCGGCGCGGACGUGGUGUUCGGGCUGUGCUUCCUCGUCGCCGUCAAGAAGGGCGGCGGCGACGGCGCGGCAGCGGUGGGCGCGCUGGUGUCGCUGCCGCGGCCGGCCAUGGAGCGCUUCGCGUCAGAGCUGGAGAGGCUGUCUCUCUCAGCCUUGUCCAAAUCUUAUUAAAUAUUAAGCUUUAUUUACAAUAAUAGUUAUGGGCCAAAAUGGGCCGUAAUAGUAUGCACAAUAAUAUGGGCCGUAGCUCGUAGGCCUGGUUCGAGAAAAGAGAGGAGAUGUAAGAAUUUUUUGAAUUUUA